AUGAUUUCUUUCUCAAUUGUCACCAAUAUACGAUCGCGCAUGUCUCUACUACUGCUGUGUAUAUUCUGCGGCUUGUUCUUCUCAAUUGGCAUAUCUGCGAGUUCAAAUGACGUUGUGCGACAAAAUGAUCCAAUUCAACGACCACUUACGAAUAACGAAGAUAUAGCAACGGGCGGGCAUCCUCAAGAUCCCAUCAAGUUUAAAGACCCAAAGAUUCUACCGGCAAUGGCGAGCGCGCUGGACGUGCUACAAGGAGAUUACUUUGCGACUUGGCAAGGCCUUUACCCAACAGGAAUUGAUUGGACUUCAGCGGUCAUUGGCACCUAUGUCGCUGGUGCCCUUACUACUCUCACAAAGUCUUUCUCUGCACUCUCUUCGCCAAAGUCGAACGAGAAUAUUAUUAACAAGUAUUUUGCUGAAUUAAUUGGCUUUUAUUUUGGCCAAGAUGCGUUCUCUUUACGACAACAAGCUUAUGAUGAUAUGUUAUGGGUGGUUCUUGGUUGGUUGGAUACGGUCAAAUUCAUUGACCUACACUCCGAAUUACAUUAUUCGAAUUCCUCACAGCCAGAAUGGUACGGAAAACAAUACAAACCUGCGUUUGCUCAUCGUGCGCGACUCUUUUGGGAAUUGGCAUCACAAGGAUGGGAUACUACUCUCUGUGGUGGUGGGAUGAUAUGGUCCCCUUACCUUCUUCCGUACAAGAACGCAAUCACCAAUGAACUCUAUAUCGCUGCUUCGAUAUCGAUGUAUCUAUAUUUUCCUGGGGACUCUAAUCAAUCUCCGUUCAUGCUCUCAAAUCCCACCUAUCCACCUCGCGAUGCGAAGUAUCUGAAAGCUGCUGUUGAUGCGUACAAAUGGCUGAACAGUUCGAAUAUGACUGAUCUAAACGGAUUAUACGUUGAUGGUUACCACAUCUCGAAUCUUUCUGGUGGUGACAAUACCCACUGUGAUUCUCGAAAUGAGAUGGUAUAUACCUAUAAUCAAGGUGUUUUACUUACUGGACAACGUGGUCUUUAUGACGCCACUGCCGCACGGUCAUAUCUUUCGGACGGCCAUAAACUCAUAUCGGAUGUUAUUGCCGCCACAGGCUACGAUUUGAAGGAUAAUAUUGCCAUUUCACCACCACCCCAAGAUGGUUCCGCUUUGGCGAAAUGGUAUGGUUUGGGUAGAAACGGGAUAUUAGAAGAAGCUUGCGAUUCAGGUGGAUUCUGCUCUCAAAACGGGCAAACUUUCAAGGGCAUAUUCUUCCAUCAUCUGACAGCGUUCUGUAGCGAUUUGCCAAAAACCCCUAUCGCAGGCACUGAAGAGGUUCUCAAGCUCGAUAGAGAGUGGCAUACUGGCAAGUGCUCAAAGUAUGCAAGUUGGAUCAGACGAAAUGCUGAGGCUGCAUUGGAUACUAAGGAUGAAGGAGGGAGAUUUGGAAUGUGGUGGGGCGUACCGGCUUUGCAUAGUUCUUAUAGUGAUGAUACACCGGAUCAGAGUCCAGAAUAUGCUGUAGACUACCGAAAUAUGGGAGUUCCUAAGAACGCCGAAUGGAGAGGUGAUAAAUACCCCGAGGGAGCGAAAGGGAAGAAGGCUUUUGGAUACACGGAUGGAGAUUAUCGUCGUAUUGGGAUAGAAGAUCCCAACGAUCGAGGUAGAGGAAGAACUGUAGAAACUCAGGGAGGAGGAUUAUCUGUAUUGAGGGCGUUAUGGGAGAUUGUAGAUCUCAGAUAA